CAGUCAUCAUUUCGUCUAGAUAGAGUUCACAUCACCGCUCCGUGUAAGACACAAAACCAGUAAAAAGACAAGUUAAGCAAGGACUUUAACUCCAAACCUGCUAAACUUAUAUUGGUGGCAGCGGUUACAAAGCGAUUACAGAGCGAUUACAAAGCGAUUACAAAGGAUUUAUCAUCAAAUAAUACUGGCCUACACAAAGUGCCUCAAAUUACGUGGUGACUCCAUACCAGUGAACCAGUGUGAACUCCAGCACAAAUCGACAAAUCCAGCACACCCUCUCUACAAUUACGGGAUUACUACACUCCCUAUGAGACGACUACAAGCCCCAUCGCUCGUACUUGCACCUACAAAAGAGGUCACCACCUACGUUGUAUCACCAAAACAACAAUCUGUGCCACCACUCAGCAAACGUCCGUGACCAGUCUACCCAAAAAUCCCACCUCAAUUAACGGGAUUAACCCCUGCCGCGCUCCCCCAACCCUGUAUCUUCACAGUCACAAGAGGAGGAAGAGGAAGCCGUAUUAGUAGUGAAGAGGUAGUAGCCGCGGCCAGGCAGCUCAAUGCAACGCGUCAGCGGUCAGCGUCAGCGUGCCGUCAAUCAAAGCAUCGGCAACACCCACCCCCGGCUAGUGGAACACGCCGCACAAUUUUGGUUUGUCACCUGAACUAUCACUCAAGUAAGACGAAACGUUGUUCCAUAAUUUAGUACAUGUACUGUCGAAACCCCCCAUUUCAAUUAACAUUCUCACCCUCGUCUCCCAUUCUCCACUAAUUUAACCUAAUAUAAUCGCCAUUUCAUUUGUUCUUAAUCCCUUACACGGAUUACAUUUAACUUCCUAUCCCUACUCUCUUGUAAUCCAUCCCGUUCGCCUUCAGCGCUCCUCCCCUCCCCGUUCACCAGCCCUACCCCUCUUUCGCCGGCGGCAGCCACGCCUUGCUGAUCCCAGUGAUAUGUGUCGCCAUCUGCACAUCUGCUGAUCCCAGUCAUUUAUGCCCUUGUACCGACCCACUCUUUCCUCAAGCGACCUCACGACUGCUUCACACCCAAGUUGCGAUGCUACUCCCUUGCCUAUGUGUCUUGGGAGGUGUUCUCCUGGUCCUCCCCACAAAUGCCACGAAGCAGCCCUCCUAUGAACAACACCUACGUGUGGGGGCAAUCGUGGAGCCAGACGGCCCCGUGAUGGUGGUGGAGGACGUGGUCGAUGUCCGCAUUACCCUCUGCGAUUUUCAAAAGCUGGAGAGACUCCAUAUACCCCAGUUCCGGCGCCAGAUCCAGCAAGCGGAAGCGGUUCUCCAGCAGACCUCGGACACAGUUCAUAAACUAAACCAUCCACUCACGCUGACAUAUUUCUCUACUCUCAUGCUAUCUUUCCUAAAUAUCCAACAAGCCUUUGAUAGUCUGCUAGAAUGGACCCCUUUUUCAACUUACCUUAAAACACCAGUAGCCCACGCCAGGUCCAAGCGUGGUCUCAUCGACAUUGGUGGGAGAUUGUUAAAAGGCCUCAUUGGUACAGCUACAGAAGCCGAUGUUGCUGAAGUUCACGAUCAGUUAGACAAAUGGGGUACUAUUUUGAAUAACCAGGCCAUUGUUCUCAGUUCCCAAAACAAAGCUAUUGAGACGGUUGUUAAGACUCAAAAAGUUAUCAUAGACCGCCUCAACAACUUCACAUCCCUCAUAACCCAGCUUCAGCAGGACCAACACCAGUACUUAUUGGCUCACCAUUUGGCUUUAAUGGCAGCAAACCUAAGAGCUGUCUACCUUGCAAUCACAAAUUUUAAAUUAGCACUGCAGGACACAUUUACACUGCUCAGAGACGUGUUAGAUGGUGUUGUAACCCCUUCCCUUCUCACCCCUCAGGAACUUAUGCAUGUCAUUGAUUGGGCCAGAACAGAAAAAGGCUUAACUCCUGUUUUCAGUGAGACCCAGGUUCAAUAUUAUUAUCCCUACAUGGAGGCAACAUUGACUACAGAUGGUAUCUUGGUGCAUAUACCCUUUAGGUCGCCAGAUAUGUUCACUAUCUAUCACGUUCAUCCAUUCCCUACAGUUGUCAAUUCUUCCAUCUACCAACUAUCUACAUCUCAUACCACUCUCUUGGUUUCAUCAGAUUUCAUGCACAUUGCUUUUCCAGCUGACUUUCAUGAUUGCCAUAUCACCCGAUUCCAGAUGUACCUUUGCCCUGCUUACCAGUACGUCUUUUUGCCUACCAGUAAUUAUCCUUGUGAGCUGGGUCUAGUUAGAAACUCCCCAAUUGAAUCUCUGUGUCUUUUCACCCCAGUCGAGGAUACCACCAUCUUCCACCUUAGAGUGAAACCCUGGCGUUACUUCUAUUUCCAUCAUUCAAUUGCUCUUACAGUUACUUGCCCUGGAUCCCGACCUAGCAACACCGCUGUCCACGGCUCCUUUGUCAUCUUGGAGGCCUGCAGUCUCACAUCCCACAACCUAACCACUAAACAAUCUAACCAUCUAUUGCUUAACCAAACCUUUCAUACCUACAACCUCAAACCCUUUCACUUGCCGACACCAACAACUCCCCUACAACUCGAACCCUUACACUCUUUAGGAGACACCUUACCCAAACUCACUGCACCGAACAUCACCCUACAACCCAUUUCCUCUCUCACCAUCUGGCCAGAACUUCGCCCCGACACUGUAUACCCCAUCCUCGCGUCACUGACUACGGUACUGACGCUCACUGUGAUCCUAGCUACCCUCCUCAUCUGUGUCUUCCACCGCCGCUACGCCUUCCUGCGUCGAGCCGUCCUCCAGCGCCCCUUACAGCCAGCAACGGCAUAGGCCAUAUUCCCGUUGUCCAAUAAUUUUUUUUUUCCAUUGAGCAUAAUUGUAUUCAUCUGCCAUUUAUCUAUAACCAGAGGACAGGAUAAUUUCUUUACAAUAACUAACUAACAUGCAAGUCCUCUGUGAUAUGUAUCUAUUUCCCAUUUGUAUAUACACCUAUAUCUCCAUAUACAACCAAUUUUUUUUGUUUCCAUAUUUUAACUUAACCAUGUAUGUAUUCCCAUACCAUUUAUUCCAUGAUCAUGAUCAUAUUUUCUACGAUAUAUUAUUUCUCAUAUUAUAUUUAGUUAAUAAAUCAUUCUCCCGGGAGUUUAGAUAUUAGAAAACAAAUAUUUUUUUUUUUGUGCACUUGUUUUUAUUUGUUUAUACACCAUUACUAUAGGUAAUGUAACCAUGUGCCAAUUGUUUAACUUACAUUUAACUGCUAUUUGUCCCUCAUGGGCUUAUCAUCCUGUAUCCCAUUCAUUAUUUUUUUUUCCCAUUCCCUUAUACUGUGUACUUCCUUUCUCGUCUUCAUACUUUCUAUACCUCAUUUUGCCCGGCCAUCCUUGUACAUAGAGUUUUACUUUCAUCGUGGCGUGGGCGCCACGCUAGCCUGACCGAGCAUUGUAAACAUGUAAAUAUUAAUCCUAAAUAUCUAUCCGUUUCCACUUCUUCUCCCUCUAUCUGUAUAAAUCCUUUUGUGACUAGGCAACCUCAUGAACGAAAGAUGACGCACAUAGCUUGUGCGGCUGCCGAGGGCAGUCAUCAUUUCGUCUAGAUAGAGUUCACAUCACCGCUCCGUGUAAGACACAAAACCAGUAAAAAGACAAGUUAAGCAAGGACUUUAACUCCAAACCUGCUAAACUUAUACAUGU